CGACCGCUGCUGACCGCCGUGACCGACGCGGCGCGUACCAGUGGCACCUCAAAUUAGCUCAGUGCUUGGACUUCUUGACUCAUCAGCUGUGAUUCAUGCAAGCGACACUCAGCGUUGCCGCUCUCAAACCGUUCAUUAGGGCAUUAACAUGUCUGUCAAGAUAUGGCGACGAUGUUGUCAUUUCUGCCAAUCCAGAACACCUCUUUUUAAGCGCAACUAAUUCCUCACUCUCCGCAUACUGUUGCUUCAAGUUCGGGCGCAGGUUCUUUUCUAGAUAUAAAUUCAGAGAUGGCGCGGCAGAAGACGGCGUCCAGGACGUGAAAGGACAGUUGCUCGCUAAGACAUUUCUUUCCAUUAUUAAACAUAGAACUAUCGAGAAGACAAUGGAACGCUGCGAAUUCACAAUCGUUGAAGCAACAGACCUAUACGACCAGAACGAGCCAGACGAAGACCAGGACACAUUAGAGAGCAGAUUGAUCAUUCGACUGCACUGUAAACAUGGGAUCGUAAAGACUCACCGACUGCCUCUCUUGAGCCCUACAUCAUCACUUUCACCGGGUCCACGCGCAAUAAAAGACAUAACGGAGCAUUUCCCGAAUGCUCGAGGAGCGAAAAGUGAUCCUCAACUUGUAUGGACCUUUGGAGACACGGAAGUUGAGGUUAAGAGCCUUGAGUCUUCUAUCGACACUAGAGGUAAAGCUCAAUUAUCAACAGAGCUGACAAUCAGCGCGGAUGAGUUCGAUGUCUAUGACGUCUAUGCAGCCCCGACUACCAUUUCUUUCCACUUGCGAGAGUUUAAUGCCACAAUUACUUUUGCGGAAUCUAUGGGUCUCUGCAUAGAUCUACGCUUCACAGAUCCUGCGGCCCCUCUCUUCAUCGACGUCGAAAGUGACGAGUUAGAAUGUCUUUUUGUCAUAUCCACCUCGCAACACGGUGGUUCAGCCGCACCCCCACCCUCAAACUCUACUCUACUCAACGCACGCAAACGUCCUUCUUCGAACGAUGAUGGCGAAGGCAGUUCGAGACAGCGAAGCGAAACACCGAGGAUCAAGAAACCAAUGAAAGCCGUGCAGCGUAUGGAUGCGUGUACACCCGACGUGACUUCUACUUCAAAAGCCCAAAGCGAUGUACGAUCAAUGCCACCACCGUCUUAUAUUCCUCAACACACGCCAGGUUCUCCGCGAAAUCAGACGCCGCCUCAUCCCUCGCCGUCUUGGAAUCUCCCGCCAGAUCCAUCCCAUGGGGUUACGGUGCAACCCAAACCUCUUUUCUACCCUCAGUCCUCUCAGUUAUUAUCGGAUGGGCCAAGCGGGAGCCCUGAAGUUGGUCGAGCUAAAGCACGGGAUCGAACUCCAUUAUUUUAUCCCCUUUCACAACUCUCUCAGGCAGACAAGGAGGUAAUACGCGCAUCUGGUUUGGGUAUUGAGGACAUGAACCAGGAUGAACUAGAGGCAAUGCUCGAAGGAGAGGGCGAAGAAGUUGACUUUGAGUUCGUAGCGUCUCAGAAUCUUACCAACAUGGAAGAUAGAGAUUCGGUUAUGCUUUCUGCGGAUGAUGAUCCUGAAAGCUUCGAACUUGUUGAAGGAAUUGGCACUGAGCUUGGGCCAACACAGGACGACGUCGGAGGCAGGAAGAAGGCAUUUCAGCCUCUGUUUGAAGAUUGAUUUGGACACAUAUAGCAUGUCAGGAUUUUGUUCAUCCUCUGCUGUCAUAUUUUCUUCCCCUACACUCACUUUAGUGGCUUCUGUUGUCUGUCAUCUGCACGAUGUAAGCUACCCAAAUCCGACUUUCGUGUGCCAAAAGUACUGGACUCUUGGCCUGUGGUUGCGAAGUUCUUGUCCCGGUGAGCAUAUCGGGCUGGCCGACUCGGAGGAACGAGGCCAAGCCGAUAUGCUCACCCUGCGCCUACGAUCUCGUAAGAUGCCGAACAUAGUGAACAUGAUGUUAUGUCCGUUCUGUUUUUACCUGUACUAGUACUACGAGACACGGUAUGUAGAGGUAUAGCUCAUGAUGCUAUUG